AUGGAACGAGGACAAGGUCUGGAGAAUAUUGAUGCAAAACCUCGUCGAAUGCUACAAUUCACAGUAAGUGAUGGAGAAACUGAUUUGAGGGCCAUCGAAUACUAUUCAAUAAAGCGCUUCUCUCUGCUCACCAAGCCUGGAUCCAAGAUUCUAUUGAUUCCACCUGUUUCAUGCAGAAAGGGAGUGCUUCUAUUGAAGCCGGAAAAUGUCCAACUUCUAGGAGGUGAUGUUGAGUCUCUUUUCAUGGCUGGGCGACCUCUUCAAGUAAUGGCAGAGAAACUGGGCAUUACUAUACCGAACUCAAACAGUGUACGUUGUAGGAAACAAGUGCCCAGCAGUGGACAGGCUGAACAACGUGCAGAACCUAAACGAGCAAAAACCGGAAUAGAAGCAGAAAAUGGGCAAGUUAUGCAUAUUCAUUGUCUUCUUAAAUGUGGUGUGCUUUUAAGCAAAGCGAAUAGUGCAGCCAAGCCCGUGAUAAUUCCUACUGGUCCGGAAGCUCCUAUUCUGCAUGAUGAAGAUUAUGAUUUUGAUCCCGCUGAAUUUGAGCAAGAAGAAACGCCCUAUGGUGAGGAAGAUGUUGAUCUACAAUCUCGUCACCCAGAUGACCAAAUUGUUCCUGACAGUCCUUUGCCCGUGGAUACGAGAGACAGUUGCAGGUUUUCCCCUGUAUUUCCUGCUCCCAUAUGCUCUGGCGGGCCUAAUCAUCGUCCUCUUUCAAAGCCUGUGGCGCAGAUUUCCCCAAUGAAGCCUACCAAGAAUACAUCGAAGGCCAGGUCAAAAAGUCCGCCAUGUAACAUGGAGCUUGAAGAAACUCCUCCUGAUUUUGACGCUGAAUUGGUGAAUUUGGCUUCAACGAAAACAUCUCGCUUGUCAUCAUCGUCGUCUUCUGACGAAGCAGCGAAAUGUCCCAGAGCGUCUGCGGGACACCAAUUCCGCACAGUUGAUAAGUCAUCUCCUAGCACAUCUGAAGAUCUCAUCAACACUCGGAAACGCCCGUCAACUACUAGAGUGCAGCCUUCGUUGAUAUCUCUUUGUGAUUCACAAGCCGAGACGUCUGGAUUGAAACGCAUACCAUGUGCUUCUUUCGAUCCAAGCCGACGUUCUGAUAAAUUGGGGAUACAAGGCUUCCUUAAGUCUGUUACCUCUCCUGCAGAGCGGCAAAGCAAUGGAAAAGAUGUGGUUUCGGAGAGCACCCGUAAGAAGGUGAAAGUGGAAGUAAUUGACAUAGAAGAUGAUGACGACGUAAAUCACGAUACAACAACAACGUCAUUCAGUCCAGCUCAGCCCUGCAGACCUUUUCAAAACGAGCCAGAAGCAUCGUCGCUCCAAUGUGAUCCUCAAAACGCUUUAUUGAUGAAAUUCCAAAAGCUCAAUAUCGUGAGGAUAGCCGAUGCUUCAAAGCAGAUGCGUUUCGCCGUAGGAUCGUGUCGCAAAACAGUACAGGCCAUCAUUUCGGAUAUUAUCGAUUCACUUAGAAUAGUAGAUGGAAUGUGGACUAUGAAGGUCAGCAUACAAGACGAGUCGGUCGAUGGAUUUGUGUGUCUGGUAGAUAGUCCCACACUGUCUUCUCUUAUCGGUUUGACGCCAUCUGAAGCAAUGGAGGUACGCGCAUCCAGUGACAUAGAGCGGCGCAAGGAUGGUCAGCGUCGUUUGGGUGCGGUUGAAGAACAGUUGAAGCGGCUCGAUCUGCUCCUGGAAUUGGAACUGUUCAGUGGUGGUCGCGCAGAUCCCGUAAUCCGCAGCAUUCGAACUUUGAUGCAAGCACUUGAUGUUUUAUAG